ACAGCCGGACCGUCAUUGACGCCAUGAGAGCGCUGCUGCGGCUGCUGCGCACGGGUGCCCCCGCCGCUGCGUGCCUGCGGUUGGGGACCAGUGCUGGGACCGGGCCGCGCCGUGCUAUGGCCCUGUACCACACCGAGGAGCGCGGCCAGCCCUGCUCGCAGAAUUAUCGCCUCUUCUUCAAGGAUGUAACUGGUCACUACAUUUCCCCCUUUCAUGAUAUUCCUCUGAAGGUGAACUCUAAAGAGGAAAAUGGCAUUCCUACGAAGAAAGCACGAAAUGAUGAAUAUGAGAAUCUGUUUAAUAUGAUUGUAGAAAUACCUCGGUGGACAAAUGCUAAAAUGGAGAUUGCCACCGAAGAGCCACUGAAUCCCAUUAAACAAUAUGUAAAGGAUGGAAAGCUACGCUAUGUGGCGAAUAUCUUCCCUUACAAGGGUUAUAUAUGGAAUUAUGGUACCCUCCCUCAGACUUGGGAAGAUCCCCGUGAAAAAGAUAAGAGCACGAACUGCUUUGGAGAUAAUGAUCCUAUUGAUGUUUGUGAAAUAGGCUCAAAGAUUCUUUCUUGUGGAGAAGUUAUUCAUGUGAAGAUUCUCGGAAUUUUGGCUCUUAUUGAUGAAGGUGAAACAGAUUGGAAAUUAAUUGCUAUCAAUGUGAAUGAUCCUGAAGCCUCAAAGUUUCAUGGUCUCAGAAAUAUUCCAGUAUAUACAAUAAAUCGCAUGGUCAUCCUGCCUUUACUUGACAGGAGCCGGGCUUACAGCCUGUCCUAUCUGCCUGCACAUCAGGAUUCCUGUGUGCCCCUGGAUGCAGCCCUACAUGUUGUUUUGUAUUUUUGUUCCCUCUUGGGUCUACAAAGUUACUUAUCUUGUUUUUGAGUCUGUUUGAUGUUUAUCUUUUUAUAAGGUAUCUAUUUUAGGUAGGUUAGCCUGAGGGAGUACUUUGAAACACGAAUUUAGUGCCCCUCCUGUCAAAGGUCUCUGUUUUUUCCAAAGCAGAAUGCUUUGGAAACUUGAGGAGUGUUUUUAUUUGCUGAUAGUUUGGUUAAUAUACUUGAACUCAGUGAAAGCCUCAUUCCAGAAAUAAAUAUUUAUAGGUAUUUCACUCAAGUAGUUCUAUUUAUAUAUUCCCUCUCCAUUCCAAAUGUUUAAAAAAGGGGUUAAACUUCAACACAUUGGAAAAAAAUAAAUUUAUAGGAACUAAAUUGUAAUAAUAUUAGGGAUAAAAGUAAGCACGUCUGUUGUUAAAUAAGAAAUUAAUUACAAAUUCAUUUAGGGUCUUUAAGUGAAAAACUAUAUGUGUAUAGCAAAAAGUUAUUAAUAAAUAUGCAUGUGUAUGUGUAUAUAUGUAUGCCCAGAUACCUUUUAUGUGUUAUUUUUAGUCUUUGUGUUUGUUUAGAACUAUGCCUACCUACCUUGAUUUGUCAGGAACAUUAUGCAAAUUAAAGUAACUCA